GCCCCGCCCCGGGGAGUUGAGAGCCGGACGGCCGGCCAGGCCUGCGCAGUCGCGGCGGCGGGUGAAGAUGGUGGAGGACGGCGCGGAGGAGCUGGAGGACUUGGUGCACUUCUCCGUGUCCGAGUUGCCGAGUCGCGGCUACGGCGUCAUGGAGGAGAUCCGCCGGCAGGGCAAGCUGUGCGACGUGACGCUCAAGAUUGGGGACCACAAAUUCAGCGCUCACCGAAUCGUCUUAGCAGCCUCCAUCCCGUACUUCCACGCGAUGUUCACCAAUGACAUGAUGGAGUGCAAGCAGGAUGAGAUUGUGAUGCAGGGAAUGGACCCCAGCGCCCUGGAGGCUCUCAUCAACUUUGCCUACAACGGCCACCUCGCCAUCGACCAGCAGAACGUCCAGUCAUUGCUGAUGGGGGCGAGCUUCCUGCAGCUGCAGAGCAUCAAGGAUGCCUGCUGCACGUUCCUCCAAGAACGGCUUCACCCCAAAAACUGCCUGGGUGUGCGCCAGUUUGCGGAGACGAUGAUGUGCGCUGUGCUGUACGAUGCGGCCAACAGCUUCGUCCACCAGCACUUCGUGGAGGUGUCCGUGUCGGAGGAGUUCCUGGGCCUGCCCCUGGAGGACGUGCUGGAGCUGGUGUCUCGCGAUGAGCUGAACGUGACGUCCGAGGAGCAGGUCUUUGAAGCCGCGUUGGCCUGGGUCAGGUACGACCGGGAGCAGAGGGGCCCCUGCCUGCCCGAGCUGCUGUCCAAUAUCCGGCUGCCCCUCUGCCGGCCCCAGUUCCUGUCGGACCGAGUGCAGCAGGAAGACCUGGUGCGAUGCUGCCACAAGUGCCGGGACCUGGUGGACGAAGCAAAGGACUAUCACCUCAUGCCAGAGCGCCGGCCCCACCUGCCAGCUUUCCGAACGCGGCCUCGCUGCUGCACGUCCAUCGCUGGGCUCAUCUACGCCGUGGGAGGCCUCAACUCAGCAGGUGAUUCCCUGAACGUGGUGGAAGUGUUCGACCCCCUCGCCAAUCGCUGGGAGAAGUGCCAUCCCAUGAUGACUGCCCGCAGCCGCGUCGGCGUGGCCGUGGUGAACGGGCUGCUCUAUGCCAUCGGGGGCUACGACGGCCAGCUGCGCCUGAGCACCGUGGAGGUCUACAACCCAGAGACGGACACGUGGGCCCGGGCGGGGAGCAUGAACAGCAAGAGAAGCGCCAUGGGGACAGUCGUGCUGGACGGGCAGAUCUACGUCUGUGGGGGCUACGACGGCACCUCAUCCCUCAACUCUGUGGAGACCUACUCACCCGAGACGGACAAGUGGACAGUGGUGACCCCGAUGAGCUCCAGUCGCAGUGCUGCCGGGGUCACGGUCUUCGAGGGCAGGAUAUACGUGUCCGGUGGGCACGACGGCCUGCAGAUCUUCAACAGCGUGAGUCUGGGCUCUCCUGGGCUGGGCCCUUGCUCCAUCCUUGAGAGCGACUGGGAAAGGCAGUUCCCUGGGAACACGCUAGCCUUCCCGCUGCUGGGAGAGGCGUCGCCUAGUGGGGUUUCGGGCCACCCGCAGCCGCUCUCAAGUCCUGAGCACGGGAGGCAGAGUGCGCCCACCCUUCAGUCUCCGUGGAGACCCGCAUGCGACCGCCCCAUGCUCACGCGCCGCAGCCGCGUCUCCCUGGUGGCCAGCUGUGGGCGCCUCUACGCCGUGGGGGGCUAUGAUGGACAGUCAAACCUCAGCUCCGUGGAGAUGUACGACCCGGAGACGGAUUGCUGGGCUUUCACGGCCCCCAUGGCGUGCCACGAGGGCGGGGUCGGGGUGGGCUGCAUUCCUGUCCUCGCUGUCUAAGGAGGGACGUGGUGGGGUCGGGGUCAGGUACCAGCGUGGGCACUCCCUUCCAGGGGCAUCCCGCCGGAGAGGGACCAGCAGGCACAGGGGAGCCGAGGGGCGGUUCCCGGGUGCGCGGUCCUCCCUCACGUGCCGCCCUUGCGCCCUCCGAGCCCAGGACACCAAGACGCACAGCCUGGCAGGUGCCUCUGGGCCUCACAGCUGGUGCCAGCGGCUGCUUGUGGUCACACGCCCAGGCCCGUCCAAGCCCAGCUCCGAGCCAGCCUGGCAGGAGGCUCCAUCCGACACUCGCCUGCUGUUCUCCGGCCACAGAGCGGCCGGUCUGACCGGCAGCCGCAGUGGCCAUGUCUUGGAAGCGGUGUGGCUGGGAGAGGACGACACUCGGAGAGUUCUCGCCGCCGCCUGUGGAGACGCUGCCUGGGCCGGGGCUCGCCAGGCGCCUCCUUCCGUCUGGGCAGGGCCCUUGUCCUCCUGGGAGAGCAGGGCACAGAAGCUCUCCUGUCUGCUGUUGGGGUCUCAGGAGGUCUCUUUCAUCUUAUUUGGGAGAAACAGAAGGAAAAAAGAUACUUGAAAGAAGCUGAAGGAAAUUUAAAGAAACACUCGAAAGAAACUGGAAAGAAAAAUACCUUUUUUUUAAGUAAACAUUUUUUGCGAGAAGAAAAUGUUAAAAAAAA